AUGGAAGAUUUUUCUUGGGCUAAGCUAUAUCCAGAAGUAUAUAAAGUAUGUACAUUAUUUCAAAUGACGGAAAUAGCAAAUCCAAUUGAAUUUCAUUAUAAAAAACUUGACCAAUUUCUACAAGAUGGGCCUCAGUGUGGUUUAGUUGCACUUGCCAUGUGUGUGGGAAAUCCUACAAAGGACAGUAUUCAAAAUUUAUUUGAAACUGCAAAAAAAUAUAAUUUUUCAAACAACGGAGAAAUGUUUAGUGUUGAUAAUAUGGCAACUUUAGCAAAAGAAGUGUUACCAAUUGGAACUGAAAUUAAAGUAUACAAUGGUUAUUUAGACAAUGAUUUUAUCAAGAAAAGUUUGCUUGGUGGUAGUAUUAUGUUAGUACCUUAUGACACAGAGAAAGAUAACUCUCCAGGUUUAUGCAAAGGUCACAAAGCUCAUUGGGCUGCCAUUUGUGGUGGAAUUCUAACUGAAAACGAUUUUUAUGUUCUUGCAAGACAUGGUAAAGCUAGGAAUGUAGCAAUCUGGAAAUUGAAAGUUUUAGCUAACAGCAAUAAACAACUGUUGGAAUUUUCUCCAGAUAGAAAAUUUCAGGAUAUUGUUUAUAAAUUACCAAUUGGUGGAAUUUCAGGUCCAUAUGGAUUGAAAGAAAAAAGUAUUUUAAUUCAAUAUAAGUGUUGAAUAUUAUAAUACUUAUAUUUAUAGGAAAAAAUAAAAUUAACUCACCUUUUAAAAAUGUUCACAUAAAAUCUACUUCUUUUUUAUUCUAUCAAAGUGAAUAAUGUGCUCAAAAUUAAAUUCAAAUUGUAUACAUAAAAUCCAGGGUAUUGAAAAAUCAGUUCUAAACAAUAAAGCAAUCAUAUUUGUAAAUAAUACCAUAUGUUCAAUAUUGCAUAUAUGUAUAAUAAUUUAGAAAUAAAACACACCAGAUAUACCUAUGAAUAUGACAAGAAAAGAUAGCAGUUCGAAAUAAAAGUUUCAUUAACAAAAUAUUAGUAUAGCUAUGGGUCGAUAUGGUCGAAACAUCAGUUUGAAUGAAAAUUAUCGCAUCACUGGUAUUUUAGGAUUUUUUAAUACUUAAUUUUAGUUUUUUUGGAACAAUCUGUAUAUGUAUCAACUUAAUAGAUAUUUCUGGUUUCUUAUCAUGGACAAAAAAAUAUCACAAUUUCUUACAAAUUUUUUGGAAUCAAAAAUGUUUGAGUAAAUCAUUUCUGUCUUGGAGAAUGCAUUGAGAUCGAGAGCUUUCUAAGGAAAUUGUGUUAUUGUUUAGUGAAAAUUAUUUUGUUACUAAUUGAUGUGCCUUUUUUUCGUCAAAUAAUCUAUAACCAUUUGGUGCAUAGCCAACAAAUAAGUAUUGUUCACUUCUUUCAUCAAGUAUCUUUGCAUAUGUUUUUGUUACAAAAAUUUGCAUUCUUUCAAUACCAGGUUUUUUAUUUGCCCACAUUUUGGUUGGUGUUUUAUUAAAUGGUAUAUAUUCUGUAGGAGUUCGGUUUAAUAUUUAACUAUGGCUGCUUCACCCUAAAAUUUCUCUUUAAUUUGACUGCCAAAUAAUAGUGAUCUAACUUUCUCAAUAAGUGUUCAAUUGAAGCUCCUACUUUAUCAUUUAACUGUGGUGUAUAUGGUAUAGUCAUGUCCAACUAAAUACCCUUUUUUCUGUAGUAGUCUAUCAAUUCAUUGUUAUAUUCAUCUCCAUUAUCACCAUUGUUGAAACUCAUAUUUUUGUAUCUUUCAUUUGCUUCUAGAUAUUCUUGUAUAAAGUCUGAAGCUUCAUUUUUAUAUUCUAAUAAAUACAUUUCUGUCCAGUUUGUGCAAUCAUCAAUAAGAGUAAGAAUAUAGUUUCAUUAUCCCAGAUUAGUGGAUCAAUUGGACCACAUUAAUGAGUAUGGAUAAUUUCCAAUGCUCUUGUAGCCUUUGUUCUUUCUGAAUUAAAUGGAAAUUUCUCUCUACUUUUCCAGUCAACCCUUAAUACCACCUCUAAAUCAAUCAUUUUAUUUAUAUUUUUUAUGUUAAUAUGCCCAAAUUUUCAAUGCCAGUCAUUUACUUUUUCUUGUUAAAUUUCCAACGAAAAACUUUCUUCUUUGUUUUCAUUUGAUUCAUUUAGUUACUGAUAAUAAGCCUGGCUCAUUCUUUUUUCCUUCAAAUAUUUUUUGAUUAUUUUUUAAAACCAUAACUUUGUCUCUUUCAAAGAUCACCUUUCCUUUAUUUUCGGUAAUUGCUUUUCUGGUCCUUUUUACAAAUUUUGCAAAACAUUUUUUCAUUUUUCAUAGUUUCAUUUCUGUUUCCUGAACAAUUUUUAUUACUUUUCUCAUAUUUACUCAUACUAGCACCUUUGUAUCUACAAAAAUGUGCUAUGUCUAUGUUUCUACAUAUAUAUGGACAAACUUUGCAUUGUUUUGAAAAGCUACACUCAGUGCCUUUUUCAAAUUGACAACUAAAAAAUUCUCAAAGCAAAUAUCAUUUUUGAUCAUUUGUGUUCCUUUUAAUGAGCGUUUUUAAUUUUGUGUACAUCUGGGCUGAACUUUCACAGUUCAUUAUAUAAAUUAUCACUUUUUUAACCACUGUAGAGAUAAUUAUUUUCUGCGUUUUCGCAUCUUUUUAUAUCCAGGUUUUCUUAUCUCUCUCCCAGCUAAAUCUUCCAUUUUUCUUCUCCCAUUACUAUAUUAUAAAUUUCACUAGCUUUAAAAGAGAUUCCUGUUUAAAAGUCCCAAAUUUCAAAAAAUUAAGAGCAUCAGUUUUUCAAUAUUACUUAUUUCUUCAGUUUCAGUAGCCAUUGUUUUGACUUUCGUUUAAAAAAGCACAAGUCACUUUUAUUUUUAUGUUGAUCUUUAUGGCACUUCUUCAGUUAGGGCUUUCCUGUGCCCAUAACCUGUUAGUUUUUUGUUUUAUUUUAUUCUUUUAUUAAUAAAGAGUAGUACACAGUGGAA